GCUAUCGUACGUAGGUAAAAGGGUACGAAACAUCCAAUGACGUUAUUAAUUGAAAAAAAAAACACGUACAUAAGUUUCUUAUCUUGAUAAUUGGUAAUGUUAUGUUAAAUAAAACAGCGAUUGUGCUUCAUUAUUACUUUUAAGUCAGUCUCAAGAUGGCGUUGAAGACCGGAGCAAGUUUUGUCAAAUUAAAUGCUUUUCGACGGGCUGCUAGGGCUAUCGAUGUCAAAAGUAGUGAUGUGAGAAAAAGAUCGAUAACAAAUAUCGUGAAAUGGCUUUUGUCGACGCGUACGAGGCCCGAAACGGCACAGAAUGGCGGUGGUAAGAUAGCAAAAUUUCCUGGCGCAAGAGCACCGUACGUGAGUGAAAUGAAAUUCUUCAACGAAACUAGUUACGAGCCAAUUCCGAUUUAUCGAGUUAUGGAUAAUAACGGACAGAUCAUCGACAAAAAUGAAGAACCGAACUUGGAUAAGGCUACGCUGAUUAACAUGUACAAAACCAUGGUACAACUGAGCCAUAUGGAUAAAAUUCUAUAUGAAUCACAAAGACAAGGCCGCAUUUCAUUUUAUAUGACCAACUACGGCGAGGAGGGCAUCCACAUAGGCAGCGCCUCGGCACUCUCACCGAAAGAUUUGGUCUUCAGUCAAUACAGAGAAGUAGGAGUGUUUUUAUACCGAGGGAUGACUGUGACGGAACUUGUGAACCAGUGUUACGGAAACUGCGAGGAUCCCGGGAAAGGGAGACAGAUGCCGGUCCAUUACGGAAGCAAGCACCACAACAUGGUCACAAUAUCUAGUCCAUUAGGAACACAAAUGCCCCAGGCGGUUGGAGCCGCUUAUGCCUACAAAAGAGUCCCGAAUAACGACCGCUGCGUGAUCUGCUACUUCGGUGACGGCGCUGCCUCGGAGGGCGAUGCUCAUGCGGCUUUCAACUUUGCCGCUACGUUAGAUUGUCCUGUUAUUAUGCUGUGCAGAAACAACGGCUACGCGAUAUCUACACCCACAAGCGAACAAUACCGCGGAGACGGCAUCGCUUCUCGGGGACCAGCCCUGGGGCUCCACACGCUCAGAGUCGACGGGACCGACACUCUUGCGGUACACAAUGCUGUGAAGAGAGCUAGAGACUUUACCGUAGCCAACAACAAGCCAGUACUCAUUGAAGCUAUGGCCUAUCGUGUCGGGCAUCAUUCAACGUCUGACGAUAGCAGCGCGUACAGGUCGGUGGAGGAGAUACAAAAGUGGACCAAAGAUGAGAGUCCUUUGCAGAAGUUCAAGCUUUAUCUCGAACAUAAAGGUUACUGGGACGCGGAGACUGAGAAGGCCUGGAGUAAGGAAGCAAGGGAUACAGUGGUUAGAACCAUGCAGGAAGCGGAAAAGAAAAAGAAACCAAACUGGAAAGAGAUGCUAGAAGAUGUCUACUAUGAAAUGCCACCCAGGCUUCAAAAACAAAUGAAGCAAAUGGAGGAACAUCUAAAGAAGUAUCCAGAGCAUUACCCGCUCAAUCAACACGAGAGCGAUUGAAUAAAUACUGCCGAUAUUCACAUUGUUCAAAUUAUUUUUAUGGUUUACUGUCUUUUCGGUGUUUUUAUUCUAUUUACUGUUUGAAUAUUCUUCAGUUUCAACUCGAGAUAAACCGCAAAAGUAAUUUAAAAAAUAAAUAAACACUACUUAUUCUUAAUGAUCUGUUUUGG